AUGGCUCAGCUGCCACUUAGCCCGGGUUGUGAUUGCGCCGGUCGACGAGUGAGUCGAUCCAUGGCGCUUCGCCCAGUGCCGAUUGAUCUGGACCUGGCACGGCAAUUGCAGUUUCCCGAGCCGGGCUAUGCGCAAUACUCCAGAUUGCAAGGCUCCUAUGUUUGGCCGGAGAACAUAUGGCCAGAGACACCAAGUCUGGAUGCUCAAUGGAGUGUCACACCGGAGUCAGGCGCAUCUCUUCAAGGAUUCGGGUCAGACGAAAUGGGAGCAGAUACGAGGACCACGUUGGUCCUCAAGAAUCUGCCCAGACACUUUGACAAGGAUGCCCUGAAGGAUUUGUUGGAGAAGCUAGGCUUUCGGGGCUUCUUUGACUUUCUAUAUGUACCUCUGCAGUGGAACCAGGAGAGCUGUGUUGGCUAUGGCUUGGUGAACCUUACCAGCCAUGAGGUAGCUCUCCGCCUUUGGAAUCAUUUUCGCAAAGGUGCGAGUGAGAACUUGGAGGUGUGUUGGGAUACAAGGCAUCAAGGCCUUGAUCAGCUAAUCAAGUACUACAGAAACAACAGUGUGAUGCAUCCUCUUCUUCCAGAGCAUUGCAAGCCGAUGCUACUUCUUUCCGGUGAGAAGGUGGAUUUUCCCCCUCCGACUAAGGCUUUGACAACCCCAAAGUCGCUCAGAGGUAGCAAGUUCCGGAAGUCUUGGGGAGAUGCGAAGGACAAGUUGGUGAAUGACCUCUUAUUCUACCUCAAGGAAGCAGAGGCUAAGACCUCUCAAUGA